CAACCCGAUUAGGUUUGAAAGAGUAUGAAUGUAAUCACAGUAUAUUCAGUAUAUACAAUGUAUCUUCAUUCCAAAAUGUAAGCCUUGUCUAUAUUCGAUCACAGUUUUUUCACUCAUUCACUUUCCGGAUUGUGUUCCUUACCUGGAAUUACUUCGUAGCUUGACAUGACAGAAUAAGUGCCUGCGAUUUCAGGCUUGGCUUCCAAACUUGAGCUUGAGGGGUUGCUGAUCAUCCAAUUGAGGAAGGAUGGUUGUGCCUUUUAUGGUCAUUGCAUGUCAUUCAUAGGAGAGUUUGGUGGGAUUUCUUGAGUUCCUAGCUGGUUUUGGGACUCAUGAAUAUGUACAUUAUUUNAUGGAAGAGCGCCAUCUGAGUUUCCUUGCCUAANAGAUAUGGACCUAGACAGAAUCAGUUACUUACCGGGUCAUGUAAUAGACCAAAUUUUGUCACAUUUGUCAAUUAAGGAAGCAGUGAGAACAAGUGUUUUAUCUAGCAAAUGGAGGUACAGAUGGGCCACGCUACCGAAUCUUGUGUUCGAUAACCAAUUUGUCUGUGUGGCUGCUCAGGACCAUAUGAUUGUAAAGAACAAGUUUUUGAGAACUGUUGAUCAUGUUCUGCUACUUCAUUCCGGGCCAAUUAACAAGUUCAAACUCUCCCAUCGUGAUCUCCUUGGUGUGAUUGAUAUUGAUCGUUGGACGCUUCAUGUAUCCAGAAAGGCUGUUAAAGAGUUUGUGCUGGAAAUCUGGAAAGGACAGCGGUAUAAGAUACACUCCUGUUUAUUUUGUUGUCAAAGUUUGACUCAUUUAGAAUUGUUUAAUUGUUGGCUUAAACCUCCAUCUACAUUUAAAGGCUUCAAGAACUUAAAGAGUCUUGAUCUGCAACACGUUACCUUGGCUCAGGAUGCUUUUGAAAAUUUGAUAUCCGGCUGUCCAAUGCUUGAACGGUUGACAUUGAUGAACUUUGAUGGUUUCACUCAUCUUAAUAUUGAUACACCGCAUCUCCUGUUUUUUGACAUUGGGGGUAAAUUUGAAGAUAUUAGCUUUGAGAGUACUUUCCAAUUAGCUGUGGUAUCAAUUGGUUUAUAUGUGAACUUUGAAAUCAAUCAAAGUAGAUUUCGUGGAAACUAUAGCAAUUUGCUCAAAUUUUUUGUUAAUCUUCCGAACCUGCAAAGGCUAGAGAUUCAGAGCUAUUUUUUAAAGUAUUUGGCAGUGGGGGUUGUGCCAUUAACUCUUCCAAGACCGUGCAUUGAUCUAAGUUAUCUUUCUAUACGAAUAAACUUAAAUGAUUUGAAGGAAAUCUCAGCUGCUCUUUGCCUCCUAAGAAGCUCCCCUAAUCUACAAGAACUAGAAAUAUUGGCUCGACAGGAGGAGCAGACUCUUAUGAUAACGCAAAACUAUCGUUGGGAAGAUGUGUUUUUUUCUUGUCCAGAAAUGCAUAUGAGAAAAGUGAAGAUAGAUGGCAUAUCUGGUAUCGAACCUGAACUGGAUUUUAUCAGGUUUCUACUUCUACACUGUCCUAUGUUGGAAAGGAUGACUGUGAUUCCUGUUUCAAACAUCGGAACAGAACUGAUGAGACAACUGUUGCGGUGUAGGAGAGCCUCAAGACAAGCUGAAAUCCUUUACCUCGACUCUUAGACUAGUGCCUUCAGAACAAGUUUUACACCAAUGUGGAAAAAACUAUGAAGCUAAAACUGGUAGUAUUACUUUUGUUGAAAGAAGCUACUUUGUUAGAUCUUACAAGUAUGAAAGUUAAUGGCAAAACAAAAAAAAAAUCAAUGAAGAAUAUGGAUUAAGAGAUCUUAGUGUAAUCAUAUUUGCUUAUGAACCAACAAUAAAACACUGUAGUGUUUAAAUUGAAA